UCUAAACAGUACGGUUCAGCCUAGUAUCAAACGCCGCCUAUACCGCCAAGAUGAUGGACUUCUUCAUAUCUAGUAAUCAUAACAAGGAGCCUACUCCCGAACCUCAACCUGAACCGGAAAAGCCGGGUUUCAAUGAUCUUCCCAUGGAGCUAUUGCUCAAGAUCAUGAAGAUGAUCUCGUUGGAUGAUCGCAUCGCUGCAGGUGAAACCUGUCGUCGCUGGUUGGAAGCCACUCACUAUUACACUCCAUUCAACGAGAAACUAAUCUUUAGAUUUUCCAACAUAAACUUCUGCGAUUAUGAGCCUCCAAUCAAGAACUUCAUAGAAGGCUUCAGGAUCUUUCCGCGGAUCGAAGCCAGUUCGGUAACCUUCUACGGCAAUAGUGACUUCUGGCCAGACUUUGGCGAAUACAUCUUAGAGUUAACCCUCAAAAAUUGCUUAAUUCGUGAUACGGAGCUCACCUGGGUUCUUCAGCAUGUACCAAAUCUACAGAAACUUACGAUUGAGUCAUGUGACGAGCUCUUCCGAACGUGGCAUUUCGAUAAGAAAUUCCGCUGCUGUGAAUCACACUUCUUAUUGGAGCAUCUACUGGACGUAUCCCUGGCGAACAACGACUUCAUGGAGGAGACGCACUUCAAUUGGAUUAUGACCAUCGCCCCAAACAUUAUCGAGUUAGAUAUUUCCAACUGCUUCAAAAUGGUCACGGCUCAGCGACGUGUCGCAAUGGUCGACCACGUCAUGCGGUUCAUCAACAAUAAACGCUUUCAGCUGGAAUCGCUCAAGUUCAACGGUACCCUAUCGAUCGAUGACAUCUGCCUAAGCACGCUGGCAAUGCUGGAUGGACUGUGUCUGGAGAGUUUGAGCUUGACAUUCUGCGAUAAGAUCCCGCCAGCGAUCAUCGACCUACUGAGACGACAGCCCGACCUGAAGAUCACCCAAGCUCUUCAGUUUAAAGUUAACAAGACCAAGAAAACCAUCAAAACUCCUGGAUUCAUCAGCUUCCUCACCAGUCAGCCGGACCUCGUACAUCUGGAUCUAACUUCUUCGUUGGGCGUCACGGACGAGAUAAUGGAACUGAUCACCAGUUAUCUACCAAAGCUGAAAACCUUAAAACUCCGCCGAUGCAUCCUGAUCACGGACGAAGGCAUCAUGGACAUUGUCAAGCUCGAACACUUGGAAGUUCUAGAUCUGUCCAACUGUGAACGAAUCUCCGACCGGGCCAUGUUUCACGGAGUGAUCGGGCGAAAGAUGAAACAACUAAAAGAACUGUACCUUUGUGAAAUGCCCAAUCUAAGUGACUAUUCGUUGAUCCAGGUGACGCUGAAUUUCGAGUUGAUCCAGAUUCUAGACCUCAGCAGUUCACCGAAUGCGGCCACCGAUGCCACCCUCCAAUACAUCAACUUCUAUCUGCUUCAUCUGAGGACGCUGAUACUGUACUGUUGCACAAAGGUGACUGACGCGGGACUUACGGGCAUCGAUCUACCGUACAACCCAUUGGAGAUUUGGGACAUUUCCGAAUCGUUUUCCAUCGAUCGGCUAUUCAAGCUGCGGACGCUAAAUCUAACCGGAUGCUACAAGAUCACCGAUCUAGCGCUUCAGAAGGGUUUCAAUUUUGGCGAACUGAAGGAGCUGCAUCUGUCGAGGUGUUCGCUGAUCACGGAAGUGGGCAUUGCCGAACUGGUCCGGAACAACAAAUCCAUCGAGUACCUGGAGCUGAGCGAGUGUCCCAACAUCAACGACUACUGCAUCGAGCUCAUCACCGCCAACCUGAAGCGCCUGAAAACUCUCAAGGUUAACAAGUGUCCCCUGCUCACGGACGACAGUCUGUGCAUUAUCAGUCUGAAUUGCCACUACCUAAAGUUCUAUUCCAGCAUGUUUCGAUGAGUGGGUGCUUCAAACUGAACCGGAUCGAGGAACGGCUCUCCCGACUGCCGUCAAUCAAAGUGGUCGAUACUAGGUAGA